AGUCUCCUCCAUUAAUCAACAUAGAACAGCUGUUCAAACUUCAAAACGUGAACCCAGUACAGUAAUCGAAAUUUAUGAAACAAGUUCGAAGUACAAAAUCAAAUUCAAAUCAAGUCCACGUUCUACGUCGGCAAACCCUAACCUAACCUCGUAUAUUCUUCUCCUUCAUCAUCAGAUCAAACUCAAUCAAUUUCCCCCUUUUCAAUUUCAAUUCAAUUUCAACUAGUUUGUUCACGCAAUUCCACAGCCAACAAAUCCCAAUCAAUCGGUGUACCGUAUGCAUAUUCCAUCAAAUGCUGCGCCAGAUCCAUCAUAAUUCGAACUCACAAAAUUUGAACAACUCUUUUCUAAGAUAUACUUUGUAAACAUAUUGUUAAUUGUUGUUAUGGGAGCAGCAGAGAGGAAGAAGUGGUUAUUGGCACUAUUCUCAGCUUUGUUAGUCUCUCUCCUCCUUUUUCUGACAUCAAUCUCUGGGCUGAAUGCUUCAUACGCGUUCACAUCAUCAUGGAUAAACAAACCCACCACAAUCCCAACCCAUGGGCCCCAGUUUCCUCCGUCGUUCGCUUACUAUAUAUACGGCGGAGGCGGCGAUAAGGAGCGCAUGCUACGGCUCUUGCUGGCCGUGUACCACCCGCGUAAUUGGUAUCUAUUGCAUCUAUCUUCAGACGCAUCGACGCUCGAGAGAGAGUGGCUUGCUGCAGCUGUGAGGUCGGUGCCAUCGAUUCAGGCAUUCGAAAAUGUGGAAGUGAUUGGCAAAUCAAUGUGGUUGACUAAUAUGGGAGCUACCAAUAUUGCAGCUACACUUAGAGCUGCCGCUGUUUUAUUGAAAUUAGAUCAAGGCUGGGAUUGGUUCAUCACUUUGAGUGCCUCUGAUUAUCCCUUGCUUACUCAGGAUGACUUGGCUCAUGUAUUCUCAUCAAUAAAGAGAGACCUCAAUUUCAUCGAUCACACCAGUGAGCUUGGGUGGAAAGAACAACAAAGGAUUCAGCCCAUCAUUGUGGACCCAUCAAUAUACUUAGCUAGAAAAAGCCAGAUAUUUACUGCAACACAAAAGCGGCCUACACCUGCUGCUUUCAAAGUUUUUACAGGUUCUCCUUGGGUUAUCUUAAGCCGGUCCUUUCUAAAAUUUUGCCUCUUUGGUUGGGAUAAUCUCCCUCGUACCAUCUUAAUGUAUUUUAAUAAUGCAAUGUUUCCCCAAGAAGGUUAUUUUCAUUCCGUCAUUUGCAAUUCACCAGAGUUCAGAAACACAACUGUCAACAAUGAUUUGAGAUACAUGAUAUGGGAUAGUCCUCCAAAAAUGGAACCCCACUAUCUGAAUGUAUCUGAUUUUGAUCAAAUGAUUCAGAGUGGAGCAGCUAUUGCAAGACAAUUUCAAAAGGAUGAUCCAGUUUUGACCAUGAUCGAUGAGAAAAUACUCAACCGCAGACAUAACAGAGUUGUUCCUGGAUCAUGGUGUUCUGGCCGAGAUAGUUGGUUUACUGAUGCUUGUGGCCAGUGGGGUGAUAUCAAUUCUUUGAAGCCUGGCCUCCAAGCAAAAAGGUUUGCAGAUUCUAUGACGAACUAUAUUGAUGACCUUAAUUCACAGUCUACACAAUGCAAAUGACAGAUAGUCUCUGAGACACAGCAGCACUUUAUUUUUAACUUAUCCAAGCAUGAGAGACCACAGGUGCAUAUUAGCCAGUUUACUAAGGUGGUUUACAUUCAAAUAUGGUUGGGCAAUACAUUUGUACUAAUUUGGUAUACAGAUUGUUCAUAGUGGGUGGAAGUCGGGGGGAAAUGGCCUACUCUUUAAAGGGACUUUGAGCCUGCAUUGUGGCUUGGAGGGGCCAGCAUUUGAUAUAGAGUAAAUCUGGUCUCUGAAAUACUACCUAGGAAGUCCCUUUAUUAUGUAGCAGUAUACAUACUGAUCCUUUUGUAUCUUUUUGUACGACAUCGACAUUGUCGUUGAAAAUGUGCUUAUGAUUCAUUCUUGAUAGUCUUUUAUCACUUUUA